AUGGAUGAAAUCAUUACAAAAACAAAACAGACUGGAAGGGGAUAUCGAAUGGGAAAUGCAGAAAUAAAAAUAAUGUGCUACGCUGAUGAUGCAGUGAUAGUCUCCGAAGAUGAAGCCAACCUACAAAGACUAUUAUAUAAGUUCGAACAAACCACAAAUAAAUAUAAAAUAGAAAUAUAUACCCGGAAAACACAAUCACUCACUAUAUCCAAAGAGCCCCGAAGAUGCAAACUCGCCGUUUACAACCAAAGUGUAGAACAGGUGAUGGCGUUUAAAUAUCUUGGAGCAAACAUCACGAGUAACAGGAAUCUAAAGGAGGAAGUAAGGAAUCAAAGGUCAAAAGCCACUCUAAUAUCGGGGUACUUGCGAGACAUCAUCUGGAGAAACAAGCACAUGAGUAUAGGGAGUAAAGUCAGAAUCUACAAAACGUGCGUGAGACCAGUGAUGACAUACGCCGCAGAAACAAGAGCGGAAAACACAACAACCAAACGCUUGGUAAGAACAACAGGAAUGCGAGUCCUAAGAUCCGUAACAGGACACACAUUAUACGAUAUGAAAAAGAGUGAGGAAAUUAGAGAUACCUGUAAGGUUUCGGAUGUUGUAAGAUGGACCAGAGCAAGGAGAAGAGCGUGGAGAGACCAUGUAGAGAGAAUGGCCGACGACUGA